AUGCCCUCCACCUACAAGAGAGAAAAGCCGUGGGAUACGGAUGAUAUCGAUAAGUGGAAGAUCGAAGAAUUCAAGCCCGAAGACAAUGCCGCCGGAAACUUCGCAGAGGAGUCCUCCUUCAUGACCCUCUUCCCCAAAUACCGCGAACAAUAUCUGAAGGAAGCAUGGCCCGUCAUCACCAAGUCCCUUGAGAAGCAGGGCAUCGCCUGCACGCUGGAUUUGGUGGAGGGUAGCAUGACCGUCAAGACCACCCGCAAGACCUACGACCCGGCCGCGAUCCUGAAGGCCCGCGAUCUGAUCAAGCUCCUCUCCCGAAGUGUCCCCGUUACCCAGGCACUGAAGAUCCUCGACGACGGUGUGGCAUGCGACGUGAUCAAGAUCCGUAACCAGGUCCGGAACAAAGAGCGCUUCGUGAAGCGUCGCCAGCGUAUCCUGGGCCCCAACGGAUCCACCCUGAAGGCUCUGGAACUUCUCACGAGUACAUACAUCAUGGUGCAGGGUAACACCGUGGCAGUGAUGGGCCCAUUCAAGGGUCUGAAGGAAGUGCGACGUAUCAUCGACGACUGCAUGGCCAAUAUCCACCCGAUCUACCACAUCAAGGAGCUGAUGAUCAAGCGGGAGCUGGCCAAGGACCCGACGCUGGCCAAUGAAUCGUGGGAUCGCUUCUUGCCCAACUUCAAGAAGCGCACUCUGUCCAAGCGUCACGUGCCCUUCAAGGUCACCGACAAGGCGAAGAAGGUGUACACGCCGUUCCCGCCCGCGCCCGAGAAGAGCAAAGUGGAUCUGCAGAUCGAGUCCGGCGAGUACUUCCUGUCCAAGGAGGCCAAGGACCGUGCUCAGAAGGAGGAGGUCAUGGAGCGUCAGCGCAUCAAGCGCGACGAGAAGAUGCGCGAGCGCGAGAAGGAUUUCAUUGCCCCCGAAGAGGAUGGACCCGUCGAGAAAAAGAAGGAGAAGAAGGACAAGAAAGAAAAGAAAGAAAAGAGCAAGCGGAAGCGCGAGGCCGAGACCGAGGCCGAUGGGGACGAUGCUGCCGAGCGCAAGGAGAAGAAGAAAAAGAAGAAGAGCAAGUCCAAGGACGCGUCCGACGAAGAGUAA